AUGCAACCUUUUCGAGUUCUAGCAAGAUGGCGCCCUCUUAGCUCCGAUGAAGCAGGACAAGCGGAGAUCCAGCGCGAGUACACGCACCAGGACUCUCACCCAUCCUCAAUCUCCAUUGCAGCACCUCUUCAAUCACAAUCUAUCCCCAGCCGAGACCGUUCCUGGCAAAGCGGGCCAUCAUUCACAGAGAUAUUCGAAGCCGACGACAACAACAAGACAGUCUUUGAUGCAGUCGUGGCACCAAUCCUCCCUCGAGUUCUGGAAGGUCAAUCGUGCAACUUCUUCGCCUAUGGACAUUCAGGCAGUGGGAAAUCUCACACCAUUAUCGGGUACGACUAUGAGCAUCCUGACGAGUUCGGACUCUGUCUAGCCGCUGCACGGUCUUUACACGAGACGCUUGAGAAGAUGAAUGCAGCUGAUACGAGCGGAACACAGCUUGGACUUGGAAUCCGCAUGUACGAACUACGAAAGAACAGCGCGUUUGACCUUCUCAACGGCCGUUGCGAGUGUUUUGUCCGCGAGGGAGCCGACGGUCGCGUAAAUAUCCGAGGCCAGACAGAGAUGCUAGAGGACGGGAAAGUCAGAGUGCGGCCUAUUGUAACGAAGGCGUGCUGCAACUUCGAGGACCUGCGUCGUGAGCUGCAGGUCGGACUGAAGUUACGUGCGACAGGGACGUCGAGUAUUCAUGAUCAGAGUUCCAGGACUCAUGCUGUGCUAGAGCUGGAGAUUGUGACAAAAGCGCUGCUUGGGGCACGCGAUGCCGUCGUCGAGAGACAGUCAGAGCUGGUGCCGGUGGGAAAGCGCGCCACAGACGUCUAUAUCGAAGAACACAUGCGAACUCUAAUGCAGGACGCAGACGGGAAGUACAUUCCUAAUCCCGACCGCCCAUUAAAUCAGGAGGCCAUCGAUGCCGCAGAGGCAGAGAAACUGGAGUUCGAGGCCCGCGUGAAGAAGGCAGAAGAAAACGAGGAAGAAGUGUUUAAGACAACGGCACACCACCAUCCAUGCAUUGGGGGUAAGCUUGUGUUUGUGGACUUGGCUGGAUCGGAAUACUAUGACAAUAAGAAUGGAAUCGGAUCCAAGCAGACGUCACAAGAGAAGCAGGAAGGAAGGCAGAUAAACACCGAUCUACUGGCCUUGAAAGAAGUCGUUCGUGCUCGAGCGUUGAAUCAAGCUCGUAUUCCGUUUCGAUCGUCGCCGCUGACCAUGGUCUUGCGGCAACAUUUUCAGUUGUCAAAGGAUAGCUACUCUGCGAUGAUCUUGACUGUUUCUCCUUCAGCUGAACAAUUUGCGGCGACCAUGAACACGUUGAAAUAUGGGAAUCUGGUCGGUGCGGCAACUGGGAAGCAAGGGUGA